AUCCUAGCUCUGAAAUCCGGUUCACUUCCUCUUGAUGGCUUUAAAUAAGUGAUAUAAGAAAUUUUUGAUGAGGCUGGACUGCAGUUUGUUUCCGGGUCGUGGGCUGUAGAAUGCCCGGAUAUCUGUCAGUUGAGUUAUAUUGAGAGAGGGAGAGAAAUCGUUUCCUUUUUAACACAAUGGAGACGUCCGAGAAAGCAGACGGUCCUACAUCAUUCAUGGAGCCUUUUAGAGACAUUCUGGUGAAUUAUUUAAUGCCAGAAAAAUGUUAUGACGAGUUCUUCCUGAAUUUUAAUUUUCUGCAUGUGGACUGUCUGAAGAUGGUAAUUAGUAAAGGUUUAGGCAUUGGAAUCAUCCUUGGCUCUGUACUUGUGAAAUUACCUCAGAUCUUGAAAUUGAUCGGUGCCAAGAGUGCAGAAGGACUAAGUUUUAAAUCUGUGUUGCUGGAGCUGCUUGCCAUCACAGGCACUAUGGCCUACAGUAUCGCAAAAAGCUUUCCCUUCAGUGCCUGGGGUGAAGCAUUAUUCCUCAUGUUGCAGACAGUUACUAUUGGAUUUCUUAUCCAGCAUUAUAAAGGAAGCACUGUUAAAGGAUUGGGUUUCCUGGUCAUCUAUUUUGGCCUGGUGGCUGUCCUUAUUUCUCCUCUCACACCCAUGUCUGUUGUCACCACCAUGCAAGCCUCCAACAUGCCAGCUAUAAUCGUUGGAAGGCUCAUUCAGGCAGGUACCAACUACAAGAACGGCCACACAGGACAGCUGUCAGCUAUUUCUGUGUUCCUGCUGUUUGCUGGUUCCCUGGCACGUAUAUUCACUUCAGUGCAGGAGACUGGUGACUUCCUGAUGGCUCUUUCUUAUGUCAUCUCAUCCUGCUGUAAUGGGCUGAUUGCCGCUCAGGUUCUGUAUUACUGGGAUGUCAGUCCAGCAAUUAAGAAGAAGGCUGAGUAAAGCUACCACAAAACUGUGAGGAGCUGAGGCUCCUAAUGCUCUGUCUACACCAGUUAACUUGCUGCUUUGAGCAACUUGUAUGGAAUGUACUUGUAAAUUUGGAAUGAAAUCGGUUUAAGUGGUUUUGAAUGUUGAUCUUUUGAGAUUAGUUGUUUAAAGCAGCAGGUUUCACAGUGUUGGUACAUACACACUUUAACCAAGUAGUGAGUGAAGAGGUAUAAAUACAGAGGUAUGCCUACAGUGCUCUAUAUGGAAGGGCAUCUAUUACUAGGACCAAAAAGGAACUUUCAGAAGGAGCCCUUAUCUCAAUGAUUAAUAUUUCCAUUGGCUGUAUAAGCUCAUAGGUUGCAAUGCCUGUUCUGUCCAGUUUUCCUUAUUUUCUUAGCUCAGGGAAAGGAGAAAUUUUAUCCAUAUUUUAGCAACCUGUGCAUCAUGGUAAUUCCUUUUAUUGUUUGUUGUUUAUAUUCUUUAAUCAUUAUGGGUGUACUGAUUUUAUUCUAGUAGCUGCUAAGGUACAACAUCACAAAUGAAAUCAAUGGCCAGCUAAAAUAUGUUGUUGAAGGUGUUAAUAUAACCAUUUUACUCAUCAGCUGUGAGUGUUGCCUCAAUAUUUUGUUUGUUCCAAACGCGUCUAAAUUGUCCAUACAGAAAUGUUUUGCUAUUUUUUUCCCCCUCCUACAGUUCUGAUAUUUUUAGGUUUAUUACAGAAUGGAACAGAAUUAUUUGUUAAUUAAUAACCAGUUAUAAACAAAUUGGUAUGUAAAUGUGGCAAAAAUGUUAAUGGUGGCUGAGUAAUGCCUUCUGCACUUUUGUAACAUACCGAUAUGAACAAAGUGGUGAGUUGGACAAAUUGGUUGGUUGUGUUUAAAAAAAAAAAAAGUAGAAACUCUCUUUGAAAUUGUCUGUCCUUUUAAAAUGUUUUGACACUAUUUGAUUCCUUGUUAGUAGUUUAAGCUUCUCGGUUAAUUUAGUUAAACUACUGGGUACAAUCAAUUCUGUGAUCAGUCUAUUGAUCGUAUAGUUUUUCUUUCUGCUAAAUCAAUGGGUCCAGCAACACACACUGAGUUCAUCUUCUGAAUUAAAAUUCGGUUGACCUCAAGUCAAUGUGUCCUUUAUAUUGGUGCUUUCUAACAAAGAGCACUGUGUGGUUAUUGAUUCGUUUAACCUGUAGAGGGCAGCAGAUCGCCUGCUGGAUUACUGCACACUCUUUAAGCUCUACCCCCUUUUACACAAUAGUUUCUGUGAUCAAACUGGCAUUAAACUAAUCCCCCCCCUCCCCAACUUUCACUUGUUUCACUCAAUGCUUUUAUUUUUUUAAAUGGAAUAGUAUCAAAUUUUUUCCCUCUAGGAGUUACUCUGGUUAAAACAAUUCAAGCUAUUUUAAUUCAUUUGCAUUGAAGAACUUCCCAUGCAUAAAACCAAAUAAUAGUUCUGCCAAUACAUGUAAUCCAGCCAAGCUGAAACCUGACAAAAAGUGGCACUGAACUAAGCCACAGGCAGUGUGAUUAUGUUCACUUCCGUAAAUUUAAAAUAAAAUGGAAGGAUGAAACCAA